AUGUUAUCGGAUUCGCCCGUUCACGAUCUUCGAAAACCAAAUCUGCCUGCAGACCUCCGUCGUGCAAUGUUGCAGUUUGCAGGGCGAAGGACGUUGGAGGUCAAGAAAACGGCUAUCAAAGAAAUAGUUGGCGCCUAUGGUUUCUCCCGUCUCAGGCACUAUGAAUCUUUGUCUUUCUACUUCCGCCAGCAGCCUGUCGCGAGUGUUUGGACAGAGGGCAUAUUCUUCCUCAACUCCACCGGCCCAUCUCUCGCCUAUGUCACAUUCGAUGGAAUACAAUCCCGUCGGAGCAAGUUCGUACACAACUCACCGGGAAAGGGAUUCAAUUGGGCCCGUGCUUAG